AUGGCGAGGAGGAUGCCCAUCGAUGAGCGCGACCCCGCUCACUAUUCCGCGCCUGCGAUGCCACCCGCUCGAUGGGACGCACCGCAUCAUGCCGGCCCUUCACGCUUUCCUCUCGAUCCUCGUGGCGUGCCCGAGUAUGACUGGAGUUCUCACGCUCGCGUGCCUCAACACACCGGCAUGGUGGGCCCAUCACCGGCAUGGCCUGCUCACGCUCACGACCUGCCGAGACCGACAGAGUUCUACUCGCACGCACAUUCGGUCGGGGACAUGCGCGCGGCAGCGGCGACGAUAGCCGCGCCUGCACCGAUACUACACAAUCGGCGCGCCUCGGACGAAGAAUGGCAGAGAUACCAGCACCAGUCCUCCAUGACUAUGGUCGCGCCCAUCCCGCCUGUCGCAUCUUCCACAUACCAUGCCCACCUGGGCCACGAAGCUCCAUCCCUUCGCGAGGCCGUACCCGUCACUUCGCCCGUACAAUCCCAUCCACCAGCCAUGGCUUCCACCGGCGCCGAUCCUGAACCUCCGCGCGCAAGAGUGGCUUGCUCGUUUUGUCGAGUUCGUAAGCUUCGCUGCGAUGGAGCAACGCCAUGUCGACACUGUGAGCGCCGCAGCAUCGACUGCAUUUAUGCCCCGUCAAAGACCAAAGUAAAAGCUGCAGGGCGGACAAGUCCGGACAAAGGCAGCAAUGCCGCCACCUCUCUCGAGCCUACCAAGCCGAAUGAUCCAGAGCAGGCACAUGCGAGCAACACAAGCCGUGAUAGAGGCGUGAAGCGACCUGAAUUGCCACAAUCCUUCAAGGACAAAGAAGGACGCUCAAGCACCGAGACGUCCCGUUCAAGCGACUCUUCCAAGCGCAUCAAAAUCGCCAGCGAUUCGUCGAACCACUCCUCUCCCGGCCGGGGGUCCGAUCCCAAUCGCGAAUCCAACUCAUCCACUUCGUCGACUCCGAGCAGCAGCAUGCCCGGCUCCGACCUAGCCAUGAUACAGAACAACACGUCGCCGAUCCCGAUGGAGCCUACACUGGGCGACCACGACGACUGGUGGACACAGCUGCUGGGUACCUUUGGACGUACACGAUCUACAUCCACACGCAUCGUCCAGCAUCUAUUGACGCGCUUCGUGCAGUCGAAUGCGGUAUUCUUCGGCCUGCUCCACGCCCCGACGCUUCUGAGCGUGGUUUCAGGCAGUCAAGGCCGUGCGCGUGCGGAUCCCGCUCUCUAUCUCGCCGUGCUGGCUGUCUCGGCCUGCGAUAUGCAUCAGACGCGCAUCUCAGACGAACGCACUUCAGACAUGCGGUCCGCCAACGAGGCAUCGCGCAAGCUCGCCUCGCGUCUAUCGCAGAUGGCGGCAGACUACUUGCAGACUUCGACCGCGCAUGGGGCUGCUCUCACCCCGUCCUUGGGACAAGCAGCCAGCAUCCUUGCUCUGACGCAACCGGACGGCAGCAUGGAGCAGAACAGCCUCAUCCGUUUGGCCGAAAACGUGGUGCGUACCCUCAGACUGCACGAGACCGUCUCGUCGCGCGAACCGCUGUUGCAAGAUAGCGAGCCGGACUCGCCUCUGUAUUGGUCGAGACCGCUGGCGUCCGACACGCCCGAGUCCGAGGUCAAGUACGAAUCGAUCGUCCGGCUCUGUUGGACAGGCAUCAGCCACCGCUUUCGCAAGUACAUUGCGCAACCGGACCAGGACUUUGGAGAAGUCGACCUGCCCGAAUUUAUCCACGGUAUUCGGCCCAUGGCGUUUUGGCAGCCCAGUCUACUGCCAGACGACCUGCCCCCGCCGUUCUUCCACUCGCAGGAUCUGAUGCGAAAGUCGGCGCGUCUGUCUCGAUUGACGGUCUCGCUGGCGCAGCUCGAGAAGAUGCAAGAGGUCGAUGGAUCCAACACACCAUCGGCAGAGACGCUGGAAAAGGUCCGAGGCUGUCUUGCCGCACUAGACGAGCUCGAACAUGCAUUCGUACGUCACCAGCCGCGCACCGAGGCCGAGAGGCACAACGUACAUGGCAGAACCGUGCAGAUGUUCUGCCGGAUGCACGUCUGGGUGCGGCUGACCAUCUGGCGCAAGUACAACCUGUGGACCAGCCCGUCCGAAGUGGCAUCCGGCGCGGAGCUAUUCCCACAGCACCACCACCCGACCGUCGACUUCUGGCUGACCAUCGUGCAAGACAUGAUCGACACGAUGCAGCACGACCUCGACGCACACGUCAGCGACCACACGGCGCUGCGCACCACCGUCUCGGACAUUGACACACUCGCGCGCCACGCCAUCUGCGCGUGCGACUUGGUCGCCGCCUCGCGCCGCGCACAGCCCAUCUCUGCGCAGCUCGACGCGGCCCUCACCAUACUCAAGCGCGUGCUCGCGUACGCCGCACUCAGCGACGCGGCGGGCGGCGGCGCCGGGCUGCAUGUGCCGGCAGACGUGGUGCGGAGGGUGCGGAGUGCCGAGGCGAGGCGUGUUGCCGUUCGCGCGGUUGACAUGGCCCAGGCGAGACAGCCGCGCGUCGAGGUGGGUGGCAGUGAUAUAGCCGUUCGCGCGGCGUGA